ACUAAACCCAGAUAUGGCUGCUGCCAUGAAAGCCCAUCCACGGCUCGUCUGCUGCUUCUCCACGGUCGCCGCCGGCGCCAGAAUCAAUUCAAUCGCCUGGUAUGCCCCUCCAUCGCCCAAUCAGCAUCUCCUAGAAGCAGACCCAAUUCUCAAAACCCUAUCGGAAGCCAUAAAAGAUGCCAAUUUCAAGCCUCUUGAUACCUCUAUCGGAAAGCUAAUCACUUCCAUUCGUCCCCGUCACAUCGUCGAUCUGAUCAACGUUAAUCCCUUAUCUAUUUCCCCACCUUCUCUUCUAUCCUUUUUCCAAUGGAUAUCCUCUCGUCCCCCCUUCCGCCACACCGUUCACUCGUAUUGCGCCAUGGCCAUUUGUCUUUCCUCCAAUCAAAUGCAGUCGGAGGCACAAACCCUGAUCAAAUUUCUCAUUUCUCGAAAAGGGAAAGAAUCCGCUUCUUCAGUUAUCGAUGCCAUUCUUCAAACUAAAGGUACCCAUGAGCCAAUUUCUUUGAUAAACGAUCUUAUGAAUGCUUACAUUGACUCAGGAUUCAUCUCCGAUGCGAUUCAGUGUUUCCGGUUGAUUAGAAAGCAUCGAUUGUCCAUCCCAUUUCAGUCAACACGUCGCCUUUUAGAAAAUCAGCUCAAAUCCAAUACAUCUGGAUCAGCUUGGGGAUUUUAUUCAGAGGUUUUAGAAUAUGGGUUUCCCCCUAAUAUAUAUGUAUUUAACAUGUUGAUUCAUUCUCACUGUAAAGAAGGUAAACUUAAGGAAGCUAAGUUGAUCUUUGACGAGAUAAGAAAGUGGGGAUUACGGCCAAGUGUUGUGUCUUUCAACACUUUGAUCAAUGGAUAUUGCAAAUCUGGUAUUACAGAAGAAGGGUUCAGAUUGAAAAGAGCCAUGGAACAGAGCAAUGUGGCGCUGGAUGUUUACACCUACACUGUUUUGAUCAAUGGACUGUGUAAAGACGGUAAUCUAAGCAAUGCAAGACAACUGUUUGAUGAAAUGCCUGAGAGAGGAUUAGUUCCAAACAAGGUCACUUUUACUUCCUUGAUAAAUGGUUACUGCAGGAAUAGUAUGGUCGAUAUAGCCAUGGAAAUUUAUAGAAAAAUGCAGAAGCAAAACGUGAAGCCUGAUCUAGUAACGUAUAACACGCUUAUAAAUGGGCUUUGCAAAGACGGAGAAAUGAUGGAAGCAAAGAACAUUUUAAACGAUAUAAUUGGUAUGGGACUGAAACCCGACAAGAUCACUUAUACAUCUCUUCUAGACGGAUAUUGCAAAGAAGGGGAGAUGGAAUCAGCAUUGAAGAUGAAGGAGGCAAUGAUUAGGGAAAGGAUUGAGCUUGACGAUGUUGCUUUUACUGCACUUAUCUCCGGUUUUUGUAAAGACGGUCAAAUGGAAGGAGCAGAAAGAAUGUUUGGGGAGAUGUUGAGAGCAGGAUUUAAAGGUGAUGAUGCAACUUAUACAAUGAUGAUUGAUGGAUUCUGUAAAAAGGGAAAUGUUAAGAUGGGAUUCAAGUUGUUAAAAGAGAUGCAGAAGAAUGGUGAUCCUAAUGUUAUCACAUACAAUGCACUUAUGAAUGGUUUAUGCAAAUUAGGUCAAAUGAAAAAUGCCAAGAUGCUUUUAGAAGCUAUGCUUAAUUUAAAGGUGGUUCCUGAUGAUAUUACUUAUAAUAUCUUGUUGGAAGGUCAUAGGAGAUGUGGAAAUCUUGGGGAUUUUGAAAACCUAAGACACGAAAAAGGACUUGUUUCUGAUUAUGCUUGUUAUAAUUCGCUUGUUAGCAGCUUGGGUAAAACAUCCAAGUAUCAUCGAAAUCAUCGAUGAUUUUUGUUCGUUUUUUUGUGAUAUCAAAGGGCCGGUUUGAGCAAAGGGAGACUAGCGCAACAUCGUGAUUAUAGUGUGCAAAAUGAAUUAUUUUUGUAUACCAUUAAAUGUUAAACAACCUCUGAGUUAGUUCUUUAAUUCCUGAAACUAAU